AUGCUACGUUCGAUCCUGUGGCUUGCGACGGUCUCACGCUUACCGGUCGCCACAUUCGCGCAAGAUCACAAUCAAGAUUCACAGCAGCGGCUAGGUGUCAUCGUACCGGCGUACGACGGCGACCUCGCAAGGGCUGUAUCUUCCCUGGAGCGAUGGCCCGUCAAGUGCUCGCCCCUGACCCUCAAGAAUGCUGACCUCGUGCUGUACUACGCGGAAGAAGCAAGCAGCGCUACUGCCUCCGCGCUCGACAGCAUCUCCAGCACCGCCGGCCGUUGCUUCUCGAGAACCCGGGUCGUGUACGCCAAUCUUGCGGAAGAGGAUGACAUCUACCCAAAAGGCCCUUCCGUCAUGUUUUACAAGAUGUUCCUCGACGAGAACGUGCGCUCCAGCCUCUCCGAGUACGACGCGCUCUCCAUCGUCGAGUGGGACGUGCUCGUCGCCAGCGACAACUCCUUCGAGGAGCUCUACCACGCCGCGUUCCGCGUGAACGAAGAGUUCUGGGUGAAGGGCAGCAACCUCGAGGGCACCUCGUUCCACUCGAGCGCUGAGGCGUCGGAGAUGUGGCAGGUGCUAGGCCACAUAAACGGCAACGCCAUCUACAACAACGACGACCCCGCGUUCGUCGAGUACGUGGAGUACACCCGGGCCCGCUGGGGAUACGAGCACCCGUACGACGUGGCGCUGUGGAUGACUAUUUCGGACUUCCCCUACAGUUGGCCUCUCUACCAGCGGUACUCGAGCAAGUUCGUCGUGACCAACCUGAUUUCGUACGUCGGCUACGAGCACGUGAGUCACGAUACGGUCUCCGACGCCGUCGCGGGCAAGACUCUGUUCAUCCACGGAAGCAGCGUGGAGGACGGCAACGUCGCCUCCUACGAGGCCGUCGCGAGCACCGCCACCGCCACCGUCGACGUCGCGAAACAAACUCGUGGCCGGAAGCUUACGGGUAGUACGCCGAAGUGGAAGACACAGGAGAAGUGGAGGAGCAGCAAGGACGACAGCAUCCCCAAGUGGAAACGCAACCAGAAGUGGCAAACGAGCAAGGACGACAAGGUCCCCAAGUGGAAGACCAACCAGAAGUGGAAGAACAAGUUGUCGGACGGAGCGUGCUCGUCCACCUGCGAGUACACCAGCAGGGACGGGACCAGGGGACGCGUGUGUGACGCGAACUGCUCGACCCCCGACGUGUACGGUACCCGCGGAUGCAACGCCAAGCAGGGGACCUACGGAGAGGAAUGCCGCGCUUGCUUCAACGACGUCGACAAGGCCCGCAAGCAAGACACGCCUGAGAACCGCUCGAUCAUGUGUUCGACCAAGAGACCCGUAGAAGGCUACGGCCGUCGCCUGACUGCCGACGACGAGAGCGACCCUCUCCGCGUCGCGCGUGAUCUCGAGACCUUGCAGGAGGACGCAUCAUCACCGUCCGGAGAAGAGGAGCACCGCCAGUUGUCAGGUAGUACGCCCAAGUGGAAGUCACAGGAGAAGUGGAGGACCAGCAAGGACGACAGCAUCCCCAAGUGGAAACGCAACCAGAAGUGGCAGACGAACAAGGACGACAAGGUCCCCAAGUGGAAGAACAACCAGAAGUGGAAGAACAAGUUGUCGGACGGAGCGUGCUCGUCCAGCUGCGAGUACACCAGCAGGGACGGGACCAGGGGACGCGUGUGCGACGCGAACUGCUCGACGCCCGACGUGUACGGUACCCGCGGAUGCAACGCCAAGCAGGGGACCUACGGAGAGGAAUGCCGCGCUUGCUUCAACGACGUCGACAAGGCCCGCAAGCAAGACACGCCUGAGAACCGCUCGAUCAUUUGCUCCAACAAGAGGCCUGUAGAGGGCUACGGCCGUCGCCUGACUGCCGACGACGAGAGCGACCCUCUCCGCGUCGCGCAUAGCCUCGAGACCUUGCAGGAGGACGCAUCAUCCCCGUCGGGAGAAGAGGAGCACCGCCAGCUUUCGGGGAGUACGCCGAAGUGGAAGUCACAGGAGAAGUGGAGGACCAGCAAGGACGACAGCAUCCCCAAGUGGAAACGCAACCAGAAGUGGCAGACGAGCAAGGACGACAAGGUCCCCAAGUGGAAGACCAACCAGAAGUGGAAGAACAAGUUGUCGGACGGAGCGUGCUCGUCCAGCUGCGAGUACACCAGCAGGGACGGGACCAGGGGACGCGUGUGCGACGCGAACUGCUCGACCCCCGACGUGUACGGUACCCGCGGAUGUAACGCCAAGCAGGGGACUUACGGAGAGGAAUGCCGCGCUUGCUUCAACGACGUCGACAAGGCCCGCAAGCAAGACACGCCGGAGAACCGCUCGAUCAUGUGCUCCAACAAGAGGCCUGUAGAGGGCUACGGCCGUCGCCUGACUGCCAACGACGAGAGCGACCCUCUCCGCGUCGCGCGUAGCCUCGAGACCUUGCAGGAGGACGCAUCAUCCCCGUUGGAAGAAGAGGAGCACCGCCAGCUUUCAGGUAGUACGCCGAAGUGGAAGUCACAGGAGAAGUGGAGGACCAGCAAGGACGACAGCAUCCCCAAGUGGAAACGCAACCAGAAGUGGCAGACGAGCAAGGACGACAAGGUCCCCAAGUGGAAGACCAACCAGAAGUGGAAGAACAAAUUCUCGGACGGAGCGUGCUCGUCCAGCUGCGAGUACACCAGCAGGGACGGGACCAGGGGACGCGUGUGCGACGCGAACUGCUCGACCCCCGACGUGUACGGUACCCGCGGAUGUAACGCCAAGCAGGGGACCUACGGAGAGGAAUGCCGCGCUUGCUUCAACGACGUCGACAAGGCCCGCAAGCAAGACACGCCUGAGAACCGCUCGAUCAUGUGCUCGACCAAGAGGCCCGUAGAGGGCUACGGCCGUCGCUUGACUGCCGACGACGAGAGCGACCCUCUCCGCGUCGGGCGUAGCCUCGAGACCUUGCAGGAGGACGCAUCAUCACCGUCGGGAGAAGAGGAGCACCGCCAGCUUUCAGGUAGUACGCCGAAGUGGAAGUCACAGGAAAAGUGGAGGACCAGCAAGGACGACAGCAUCCCCAAGUGGAAACGCAACCAGAAGUGGCAGACGAGCAAGGACGACAAGGUCCCCAAGUGGAAGACCAACCAGAAGUGGAAGAACAAGUUGUCGGACGGAGCGUGCUCGUCCACCUGCGAGUACACCAGCAGGGACGGGACCAGGGGACGCGUGUGCGACGCGAACUGCUCGACCCCCGACGUGUACGGUACCCGCGGAUGCAACGCCAAGCAGGGGACCUACGGAGAGGAAUGCCGCGCUUGCUUCAACGACGUCGACAAGGCCCGCAAGCAAGACACGCCGGAGAACCGCUCGAUCAUGUGCUCGACCGUGAUGCCUGUAGACGUCUACGGCCGUCGCCUAACCCCCGACGACGGGAGCCGCCCUCUUCGCGUCGCGAAGAUAUUCAGCGUCGAGGAUAGCGAGGAGGAAGCGGACGAUGUCGAGGAAGAACUUGCAAACGUCGACGUCGACCGGGAGGACGUGAUCUCUUUCUUCGAGGAGGCAGCCGAACGACCGUACUCCCAGGACCUGAAGCGCCGCAACCUGUGCGCCUUCGUCGGUGGUCGGGCGGGCGAGGAGGCCAUGUGGGACGUGACGGUGAAGAGCAUCCUGCAGUUUGUGCCGGGCAUGAGGGUGGCCAUCGCGGCUGAGGCGGAGGGACUUGACGCGUACGAGAGGUCCAUGGGCGGUCUCCCCGGCGUCACCGUUUCCGGCACCCAGAACCCCGCCACGGCGGCCCUGUUCGCAGACCAGUACUGCGGGCCUGGCACCGCUCUCAUCUUGUACGUCGAGCCGGGGUCUGUUCUCUCCCGCCCCUUCACCUCCAAGGACACCCACUCCCCGCGGGGCGACCUCCUGGUCGUGCACACGGGCUCUCAGGGGAGCUACCACGACGCCCAGCUGAGGCGCCGCUCGGCGUCGGUGCUCGGGUUCGAUGCGCCGUCCUUCACGCACGGCACCGACCUGAUGCUGCCGGUCGGCGCAAACGAAGACCUCCGGGAGUCGCUCGGGCUAAGGCAUGGUGCCAGCCUGCAGCACGACGGCGACUGGGCUUCAAUGGUCGCGCUUCAGGAAUUGGUCGAGUUCGACCAAUUCUCCGCUGUCCCUCAGGUGCUGGCCGCGCUGGCCUACUCCCGCGACACGCCCGGAGUGUGGUUCCUCGACCCCCAGGCUUGGGUGGGCCAACACCUGUUUCAGGAGGCGUCCAUCUGGAAUAUCCCUCUGGUCAAGCCCCGCUACACGUGCGCCAUCGCUCCCGCCCAGCUGGAGCCUGGCAGCCCCAAAACUGCCGAGGUCUUGCAAAGUAACCUCGACUUCUUCUCUAUGGGGGGCAAAUGCGCCAACGGCCUGAUCGACUUUGUUCUGCCGCUGGAGUAA